AUGCAAACAACGGAGAAGCUUCUUAGACCGUACGAUAAGGAGGUUAUGAGGAUGGCAAUCUUAAAACAUGAAGAAACAUUCAAACAUCAGGUCUAUGAGCUUCAUCGUCUAUAUAGAAUUCAGAAGACAUUGAUGAAAAACAUGAAAACCAGUAGACCCAUCAAUGGAAGCUAUAUUCAUCAUCAAAGUUCAAGAACCAGACUUGACUCGGAACAUCCGGCGGAUGAUGACCACAAAUUCAUAGAUGAAAGUGAGAUGGAAUUGACUUUGGGACCCACAAAAUACAUGUCGAGGAAGAAACAUGAGAUUCCCACUUUAACCUCGGUUUCUGGACCCAACAGCUUCUUUUCAUCUUCGACGGUGUCCUGUCACAUGAUCAACAGUAGCAUGCCGAGUAGUUCCAUGACGACAACCAAACGGAAGGCAAAGACAUCAAGAGAUGAGUUCAUGGUCGUGAGCUGAGACUCCUCCAGGUUACUGACACGACAUUGGGGUAUCAAAUUGGAAGUAAAAACAACAUUGAUCUUGAACAACAACUGAGACAAGAGAGAUUAAAUCAGUCCCCUUGUCUUUUCCAAAUUCUAAGUAUGAAUAUGACUUGAAAACAAA